GUGUGUGUGUCUGUAAAAAAUAUUGUCCAGCUGGGUCAGCACUGCGCCUCUGCAGAGCAUGACUGCAUCAUCGCCCCUGCUCCUGAUUGGUCGUCAGGCUGCAGGUGAGCAUGAUGCUGUCCAAUCAGACUGGUCCUCACUGCCCCCCUGCAGCGGAACAGAGUGUGUGCUCACACUCUUCACCAUCAGCAGCGCGAGAGCACCUCACACCCUGCAGCAGAGCCGCACACACUCCCAUCUGCAGCAUCAGCAGCGCGAGAGCCGAGAGGCAGCAGAGCAACAGAACAACAUGCGCGAGAUCGUCCACAUCCAGGCCGGACAGUGCGGCAACCAGAUCGGAGCCAAGUUCUGGGAGGUGAUCAGUGAUGAGCAUGGCAUCGACGCUACAGGAAGCUACCAGGGGGAGAGCGAACUGCAGCUGGAGAGAAUCAACGUUUAUUACAACGAAGCUACAGGCAGUAAGUUUGUCCCUCGGGCCAUCCUGGUGGAUCUGGAGCCUGGUACCAUGGAUUCCGUUCGCUCCGGCCCAUUUGGGCAAAUCUUCAGGCCGGAUAACUUCGUAUUCGGUCAGAGUGGGGCUGGAAACAACUGGGCCAAAGGUCACUACACAGAAGGGGCGGAGCUGGUUGACUCUGUGCUAGAUGUGGUGCGGAAGGAGUCUGAGAACUGCGACUGCCUGCAGGGCUUCCAGCUGACCCACUCGCUGGGUGGUGGCACUGGCUCAGGAAUGGGCACCCUGCUGAUCAGCAAGAUCCGUGAAGAGUACCCGGACCGGAUUAUGAACACCUUCAGUGUAAUGCCCUCACCUAAAGUGUCAGACACGGUGGUGGAGCCCUACAACGCCACGCUGUCCGUCCACCAGCUGGUGGAGAACACGGACGAAACCUUCAGCAUUGACAAUGAAGCUCUUUACGACAUCUGCUUCCGCACCCUCAAGCUGACGACCCCAACAUACGGAGACCUCAACCACCUCGUUUCCGCCACCAUGAGUGGAGUCACCACCUGCCUGCGGUUCCCAGGGCAACUCAAUGCAGACCUGCGUAAACUAGCAGUCAACAUGGUGCCCUUCCCUCGUCUUCACUUCUUCAUGCCUGGCUUCGCUCCUUUGACCAGCAGGGGGAGCCAACAGUACCGUGCACUCUCUGUACCAGAACUGACACAGCAGAUGUUCGAUGCAAAGAACAUGAUGGCAGCCUGUGACCCACGCCACGGCCGUUACCUUACCGUUGCUGCCAUCUUCCGUGGCCGCAUGUCAAUGAAGGAGGUGGACGAGCAGAUGUUGAGUGUUCAGAACAAAAACAGCAGCUACUUCGUGGAAUGGAUCCCUAACAACGUCAAGACGGCUGUCUGCGAUAUCCCGCCCCGCGGCCUCAAGAUGUCCGCCACCUUCAUUGGGAACAGCACCGCCAUCCAGGAGCUGUUCCGCCGCAUCUCGGAGCAGUUUACCGCCAUGUUCCGCCGCAAGGCCUUCCUGCACUGGUACACGGGCGAGGGCAUGGACGAGAUGGAGUUCACUGAAGCCGAGAGUAACAUGAACGACCUGGUGUCUGAAUAUCAGCAAUACCAGGACGCCACCGCUGAUGAAAUGGGGGAGUAUGAGGAAGAUGAGCUGGAGGACGAGGAAGACGUUCGCCAAGAUGCUCGCCAAGAGGUUCGCCACUGAGAGGUCUUAACAGUGCUGUUCAUUUCAGAUGCACACAAUAGUAAAUAUAAAUUUUACGGCUUGCUGGUUAAACCGUUAGUUUUGAAAGCACAGUAAACUCUCCUCCGACUCAAUCUUCAUCUUCAGUUCGUGAACUACGGCUUUCCGUGCGCUAGAGGGCGACGUAAGUUAGCAGUGCUAGUAAAAUAGUUUCAAUGUUUAGCCUAAAAGGUGCUACAGAGAAUCAUACAGUGAUCUACUACGGUACGAACAGUCAUGUGUAACGAUCUGUCUCUGUUUUGUAAAAUACACUAAACAUGUAUCGGUUCACUUACUGAAAUAAACCCAUCUCACUGAA